GCUCCGCCGCUGUCCCGCAGCCCUCGCACCAGUCCCGGGAGCGCGCCCGGGGCCGUCGGGAGCGCGCUGAGGGCCUCCAGAAGCGCCGCAGCGGGAGCGCGGGCGGCCGCCACCGCCGCCAUGCUGGUGGUCGCGGGACGUCGCGGAGCGCGGCGCACGGAGAUGACGUCAAAAGGGGGCGGGCGGAAGAACAUCGAGACGCAGCCUAGAGCGCCCCCGGCGGACAUCCGGCCGUGGGAGUGCAUAGCGCAUGCGCGAGCGGAAGUAGGGCCGGAAGUGUGGGUAGGAGGAAGCAUGGCGGGCUACGGCGUGGCCAACGAGAGGCUGCGGGCCCUGGAGGAGCUGGAGAGGGAAAUCGGCGCGGCGCUGCAGAGCGCGGGCUCGGUGAUUCUGGAGCUGUCCAAGGAGAAGGCAGCAGAGCGGCUGCUGGAGCGGCAGGCGGCUGCGUUUGGGGCGGCUGUGGCCAAAGUGGAGGCCGAGCUGGGGGCCCAGAUCCGCUACCUGACCCAGGUGGCCACCGGGCAGCCCCACGAGGGCUCGAGUUACGCGGCACGGAAGGGCUGCCAGCUGGCUCUGAACAGAAUGGAGUACGCCAGGAGGCGGCUGGCGGAGCUGGCACGGGGCUGUCAGCAGCUGCUGGAUGCUUAGGGGCAGCGAGGGGGGCUGCUGGACCCACGGGGGGCGGUGGGGGGCGGUCGGUGGCCGCUGGGCACAGAGGGGAGUGGGAGGCGUGGGGCUGGACACAAAGCGGGGACCGUGGAUGGAGGUGGGGAGGUGGGGGGUGGUGGGGGGCGAUCUGGGGUCGUCAGCGAGUGCUGGACCCGUAGCGGUGUGGGAGGUGUGGGGCUGGACCCAUAGGGGCGGGGGGGACACGGAUGGGUGUGGGGCCGUCAGAGGCUGCCGGACCCAUAGGGGGCGCUGUGGGGCCGUGGAUGGACGUGGGGAUGUGGGGUUGUAUGGGGUUAUAUGGGGCGAUGUGGGGUCGGACCCAUCGGGCUGUGGGGCCGUGGAUGGACGUGGGGACGCCGUGGGACAGCCAGGAUGUGGGGGGACCCCCAGGACACGGCAGAGACCCCAAUGUGGGGCAGAACAAUAAAGGGGUCCGCAUGUAUGGGGCACAAGAA